AGACAAUGCCCAUAAGUAUAAAAAAGGAAGGAAUCUAUUGAAAACAGUACCAAAAUGGGAGGACAUCACAGUUACCAUUGCCACAACGGAGGAGUUUGCAACGGGGCCGGAAAACGAGAUGUAACAUCGGGUGAUUUGGCUUUAAGAUCUGAAGAAGGUAUGGUUAACGCCACCAGCUUAUGCUUUGCCAUUUUGGCUGUCAAGAUGUGCAUGAAAACACGUUUCGAUAAACGACCAGAGCGUCCAGUGGAUAUGGGACUAAAAAGUAUCUGGUUUGAUGGAGCAGAAAAUAUUAAAGUCCAGACGACACAACCUGACAAUUUUGACAAAACAAAAGAAACGGACGUAAUUAUUCAUGGAUACUUGGUCGAUACAUCACUUGCGGAAAUACGAGAUCUUGCUAAUAUGCUAAAAAAGAAAGGUCAUAAUGUUCUGUUGAUUGACUGGGGUAAGGGAGCCGGAGUGAACUACCGUCAGUCUUCCUCCAACGUUCAGACUGUGGGUGCAUUCGUGUACAUGAUUCUGGUCAAGAACAAGAUCCCCUGGGACAAGGUCCAUCUCAUAGGUCAAGGUCUGGGUGCUCACGCAGCGGCGGAAGUAGGGAAACUCGCAAAGGGGAAAGUCAACCGUAUUACUGGAUUAGAUCCAGCUAGUCCAUUGUUUGAAGAUACGGACUUUGCAAUCAGCAAAGAAAGCGCUAAGUUUGUUGACAUCAUUCAUACAGAUGCAAGGCCUUUUGGUUAUGGAAUGAAAAAACCCUGCGGACAUAUAGACGUCUAUGUAAAUGGAGGAAGAAGACAACCAGGGUGUACUUAUAACCCGAAAACACCUGUCAGAAUCCACGCUCUUAAAAGAGCAACGUUCAGCAAAGCGUGUGGCCAUCUGAAAGCCGUUGCUUACUACGUAGAGACAGCCAGGGACAACUGUAAACUGAGAGCUUGUAAAUGUACCUGGAAGAAAUUUCUGGCUUCUAAAUGCAGUCGUGACAAGUGUGUGUACUGGGGUUAUGAUACCAAAGAAGGUUCUGCCGGCACUUACUACGGGGUCACGGCAACUGCCUUUCCCUACUGCAGAACAGACGGUUCCGAGUAGAGUUGAACAUUUCAUGAGGCUUUACUGAUUGUUUUUAAGCAUUUAUUAUGUUUGACAAUCAUUGCUUAUCAAUAAAUACCUUUAUCUGAA